UACACUCUCUAGUCCCUACCCCUGUAAGAAAAGAAAAACUGAUGGAGAUUACUUGUUCUCAAAGGCUCUGCCAAAUUUUGAUCUGUUCAGCGGUUCAAAGAUGCCGGAUCUCUGAUCAACUAUGCAGACUAUCAGUUGUUCUUAAACGCUGUCCCGAUUCCGAUCCUCCUGUCAUUCGAGUUUCAAUUUCAGAUACUGGAAUUGGCAGCUGCUUGCAAGAGUUUCAGGGCCUGAUUUACAGAAGGAAUCACGCUUCAGCUGAGAAAUGGGAUGGAAUGCUUUUCAUAACCACUACAAGCAUUAGUGACAAUGAGAUAUUUCAUUACCAUUUAAAUUUCAAGGAAAGUGCUGCUGCAAGAAGGCUGACAAGGUUACCUUCAACAACGAAGAAUGGUUUGAAAUUUAGUGGGACUGAAGUAUCUCUGUCCACUUGGGAAUGCAUUGAUGACUUGGUAGAAGGGAUUACUUGCUUCUUCCAAAAGAUGCUCAUCUUAAAAGUUCCUAAAGUUGCAGUUGAAUUGGUGGUGGAACGAAUGACUGGAUCAAGAGAGAAUUUUCUUUUGGCAAAGGAUGACAACCUUUUACCUUGUCCUAUGUCAAAUAUUGAAUGUCUGGCUUUAGGCUUCCAAGAUUAUGUUCUUAAGCAUGGAAAUAUGUUUGAUAAACAAUGCCCAGCUUGCUUGUCAAGAAGAGAACAUUUGAAGGUUGGAAGUGGAGUGGCAUGCAGCUCUGACAGUCUUGCAAGUACAGGGCAGUUGAUGGAAGCUGUGGUUAUAUUUAGGGAAUUACCUGAUGCAUCAAGUCUUUCCUGCUUGAGGGAAUGCAGUACAACAAAGGUUAUAUAUUUUCAAGACUUCUUGCCAAGUGUGAUCCCUCAGUCACCUUUAAAUGCUUUGAGAAGUAUUGACUGGGAAAAUUAUGGUUUGACCAUAAAAACAUAUGUUGUGGGGGAAAGCGGCCAUGCAGUGAUAGAAUGGGAGAAUUUACCACCAUCUACCCAUAUUGACAUUGUACUUCACUGUUACCAUAAGAAGGUCAAAAUACCACGAACAUGGCAAAAGACUCAAGUUGACAGAAAUCUUGCCAAGAAAGCAGUAAAGCUCGCCUUGGAUAAUUUGAAGGAAAGAUAUAAAGGAACUCUCCUUAGUGCACAUGCCGUCAAGAUUUGCAGUUAUGCCCUGGAUCUUGCAAGAACAAUAUCCAAUCUGAUAUUAUUAUCCAAUGAUAAGGAGUUUCAAGGAGAAUGUCUAUCUCUUCUUGGAUUGCAGCCUCAACAGAUGGGCGAAGGAAAGGAAGUUGAGGAUUGCAUUCAGGAAAAGAUUAUUGCUGUUAUAGAAAUUAAUGAUAGAAAGUCACGGAAAAGCAGAAAUGCUCCAGAUUUCCUUUUUGAAGCAGAGAACAUUCAUGAACCAGAGGAUGAAGAGUUUCAAGGCGAGGAAGGUGUGAGUAUCUUGGAUCUAUAAUCAAAUCUUUGCUCAUAAUUCAUUUCUUUUACAAAAGUAAGCCUUAUACAAUAAUACCAAAUUGACAUUCCAAAGCCCAUUAUGAAGACCUCCUUGCACUUACACAUCCCCAGUUACAAGGUGUUUUUUUUCUCCAUUUCCAACGAUAGAUGCUAUUUUAUGCAUCAGAAGUAGAGCAAAUUCAAUCAAUCUCGAAGAUCUUCAUAUAAAUGAAGUACACCAAAGCCACAUGCCCUUUCAAUUCCAUAAAGGGUGCGUUUGGUAUCUGAGAAAGCUGUUUCCCGUUGGGAAGUUCCUUGUCAUUCUAUGAAAUCGUUGAAGGGCUUUCCUACAACUUUCCUUUUGUCAAUAAUUUUCUUAGAAACCAAAAGCAGCCUGAAUUACUUUUAUGCGGUUAUAAAUGGUAGUGUUAAACUCUCA